AUGGAACAGGAUAAAGACUACAUACUACCUUUCGAACCUUCCAAUUGGGAAAAAUGGAAGAGAUCUAUAAUGAUAUUUAUAUUGUCCCAAAAUAUAACUAAGGAUACGCAAAAGCAAGCUAUCAUACUGCACAGAGGUGGACAAGAGCUACAGGAUAUUUUUUUUAGUAUACCAGAGCAUGGAAAUCCACCUGAUGGAACAACGACUUUUCAACACACGAUAAAUUUGUUAGAUCAGCACUUUAUACCAAAGGUAAAUCCAGUAUUUGAAAGACAUGUUUUCAGGAAAAUAAGACAAGAAGCUAAUGAGUCAGUCGGACAGUUUAUAUCAAAGCUAAGACAACAAGUAGCUAAAUGUGGUUUUGCCGAUGCUGACACAGAGAUGUGUGAUCAAAUUAUAGAACAUUGUACAUCUGACGAACUUAGACGGAAGCUACUCGAGAAAAAUAACUUAAGCCUGUCAGAAAUCAUAGAAGAGGCCAAGCGGUUCGAAUUAGUAGUGCAACAGGCAGACACACUAGGAAAGAACGAAAAAGAGAUGGUAAAUAAAGUAACAAAGUAUGAAAAGAAAAAGCAUUACAAAAUGGAAAAGUUGAAAACCAGAAGAAAGGCAUGUUACAGAUGCGGGAAUGAAAAUCAUUUCAAGAAUGACCCUAGUUGUCUGGCGAAAGACAAAAAAUGUGGGCGCUGCGGUCUAAUCGGGCACUUUAAAGCAUACUGCAGAACAAAGUUACCUGCGAAUACAAAAGAGCAAGGUAAAAGAUUUUCACAGCAAACGUCGAGGAGUAAUAAAAUAAAUGCAGUCGAAGAAGCAAAAAGUGAUGAUGAAGCUAUAGUGUUCCAAAUAUCAAAAAAAAAGAUUUGGUGA